AUGACUGUCCUCCACAUCUUCUUCAUCAGGGACAUCUGUGACACCGUACCAUCAGAUAAUCAGGGCCAACCCCACACAAGUGUGGAACAUGGCUGCACGUCACUGGUGUUGAGCAGCACGUCAGCCAGGAUCACCUUCAUCACCAUCUACCUCAACACGAUGUUACUCUACGCCUUCUACACCUGUUUCAUCAUCUCCAACCUAACAGUCACUCACUACUCCCGCCCCUUCAACUCCAUGCAGGAAAUGUACGACAAGGGCGACAACGACUUCGGCUUCGCGAAGGGAAUCUCGGUGGAGGGCAGCUUCAAGCUAGCCACAGGAGGGCUGUACAAGGAUGUAUGGGAGCGUCUUGUGGAGCCAAACUACGGGUCGCUGGUACACUCUGACGACCAGGGUAUCCGACAGGCCCUAUAUGACCCCCGCUACGUACACUUCAUGCUCGGAACCAAGUUCAUCUUCAACUACGGCCAUAACUGUGACCUCUUAAUGCUGCCUACCAAGUACAUGACCAUCGGCAGCACUUUCGCUGUGCCUAAGGGGUCACCUCUUCGUCGUAUCUUCAGCUACCAGUAUGUUAGACCACGCCUGUAUUAG